GAGGUUUGUAGUUAACAUGGGGUUAUAGCCUUUCUCAAAACCACUGGGGAAAUAAAAAACAAAUGUCGGUAGUCCGGAUUAACCGCGGUGACUUGGGGCCUUCUCUACUGCCCAUUUAAGUUAAAGGCCUGUUCCCAGAACCUCCCUGCCCUCACCCACCUUCUUUUGCUUUCCCUUGCUAGUCACGUCCAGCCUAGGAGGGGAUCAGGGCCACCAGGUUCUUGAUAAAGUUGAAAAUCCUUAAGAUUGAUAAAGUGAAUCAGUGUGAGGGAAGGAGAGAUUUUGUGUAUUGCUUCAGUGGAGUGUGGGCUGACUCCCAAAGUCUCACCAUGUCAGGGAAACGGAAGCGUGUGGUGCUGACUAUUAAAGAUAAGCUCGAUAUCAUAAAGAAACUUGAAGACGGAGGUUCUUCCAAACAGUUGGCAGUUAUUUAUGGGAUUGGUGAAACAACAGUUCGAGAUAUAAGAAAAAAUAAGGAAAAGAUUAUAACAUACGCAAGCAGUUCUGAUUCUACAAGUCUUCUGGCCAAGAGAAAAUCUAUGAAGCCAUCCAUGUAUGAAGAACUGGACAGAGCAAUGUUGGAAUGGUUCAACCAACAAAGAGCAAAAGGGAAUCCCAUAUCUGGACCAAUUUGUGCAAAAAGAGCAGAGUUUUUCUUUUAUGCUUUGGGGAUGGAUGGUGAUUUUAACCCCUCGUCUGGUUGGUUAACUCGUUUUAAACAGCGACACAGCAUUAGAGAGAUUAACAUUAGAAAUGAAAGGUUAGAUGGAGAAGAGACUGCUGUGGAAGAGUUUUGCAACAACUUUCGGGACUUCAUUGAACAAGAAAAUUUGCAGCCUGAACAAAUCUACAAUGCAGAUGAAACUGGACUGUUUUGGAAGUGUCUUCCUUCUAGAACUUCAGUAAUCAAAGGUAAAUGCACUGCUUCUGGGCACAAAUCAAUUGAAGAACGAGUCACUAUCAUGUGCUGUGCCAAUGCAACGGGCCUACAUAAACUUAAGCUUUGUGUUGUGGGAAAAGCAAAAAAGCCUCGUUCUUUCAAGUCAACUGACACCACAAACUUGCCAGUCUCUUAUUUCAACCAAAAGGGUGCAUGGAUGAAUCUUUCCAUUUUCCGACAGUGGUUUGAUAAGAUCUUUGUGCCACAAGUUCGAGAGUACUUAAGGUCUAAAGGCCUACAGGAAAAGGCUGUGCUCUUGUUGGAUAAUUCACCAACGCAUCCAAAUGAAAAUGUCCUGAGGUCAGAUGAUGGCCAAAUAUUUGCUAAAUACUUACCACCCAACGUAGCUUCAUUGAUUCAACCCUCUGAUCAGGGGGUCAUGGCGACAAUGAAGAGAAACUAUCGUGCAGGCCUUCUCCAGAACAACUUGGAAGAAGGUAAUGACCUGAAAUCAUUUUGGAAGAAGCUGACUCUACUAGAUGCGCUUUAUGAAGUAGCAAUGGCAUGGAACUUGGUAAAACCAGUUACUAUUAGCAGAGCAUGGAAGAAGAUUCUUCCUACCAUAGAGGAAAAAGAAGUCUUGGACUUUGACGAAGAAGAUAUUUCACUAGCCACUGUGGCCACCAUUCUGCAGCACACCAAAGGAUUGGAAAAUGUGACUACUGAGAACAUUGAAAAAUGGCUUGAGGUAGACAGUACUGAACCAGGCUAUGAAGUGUUAACUGACAGCGAAAUCAUCAGAAGAGCACAAGGCCAGACGGAUGAAUCCAGUGAAAAUGAGGAGGAGGAGAUAGAGUUGAUUCCAGAGAAACAUAUUAAUCAUGCAGCUGCUCUCCAAUGGACUGAAAAUUUACUGGAUUAUCUAGAACAACAAGGUGAUAUGAUUCUGCCUGAUAAACUGGUAAUACGUAAACUUCGAGCCACCAUCAGAAAUAAACAGAAGAUGACAAACUCAAAUCAAUAAUGUUUUUGUUUUACCAUUGUUUUGGUAAUUGUGGUUAGGACUUUCAC